CAGCCUGAGGUUCCCCCCCCCCCCCCAUGACCUCCCUUGGGCCAAUAUCCAAAUGAACAAGAUAAACAUAAAUUAUCUGGAAAUGUGAAAGCUCAAUAAAAAACAAACUUAUUUUGUAAAAAUAUUUGUAAAAUGUAAAAAUUAUUUAAAUAUUACUUGGUCUGCUGUUACUGUCACCCACCGCGUAAUUUACCUGGCAACAGUCGAAUAAUGUGAGUACCAGCACUUAUUUUUUCCCACUUAAAGCACUGUGUCAAUCAAUUAAUCAUCCGUGCAAAAAUGGAGAAGAAAUGCAAGGGAGGAGUACAAAAAUUAAGAGAAAAGAAAAGGCACGCACUACAAGCAGAUGCGGCCAAGUGUCAGAAACUGACAAAUAUAUUUUCUGCUGCUGCAUCAUCUGCACCAUCUCUCGCGCCGUCGCCGUCUGGAGGACAACGUGCCCCGGAGGGGGAUGCUACUCAGACUGAAGAUGAUCCAGCUACUGCUAGAGGAAGCCAAGCCCAGGAAGUCAAUGCUCUCUCUUCAAAAGUUGAUUUUUUUACAAGGCCAAAACCAGAGGAUUUAGAUUAUUUCUUGAGUCAUCAUCCCCAGCAGAAGGCAGAGAAGGCUAUAGUGCAGAGAGCUUUUUCUUGCAAAGAUGGCACAAAUAGGAAAUGGCUUUCAUACAGUGAAGACAGACAAGCACUCUUCUGCUUCCUUUGUAUGACAUUUGCUAAGGCUACAGAUAGCAGUUUAUUCAUCACUGGCAUGACAGACCAGAAACACAUACAUCAGAGAGUGGAAGAACAUGAGAGGAGCAAUCUACACAGAGGUUGUGCAGAAGCAUUUCCUUAGGUCCUCAAAACGCAAUGUUGAGAACCUUCUCAUGGGACAUCAGAUGUCUCUUUGUAAAGUGCAGGUGCGCAAGAGGCGGCAAGUGUUGGAGCGCAUCAUAGAUGUGGUGAAGCUCAUUGGAAAAAGAGGUUUGAGCUACAGAGGGUCACAGUUGGAGACAGCAUACAUGCUUGAUGAUGAUGAUACAGUGGAUCAUGGCAACUUCUUGGAAAUUAUUGUGUUGCUUCAAAAUAUGAUGUUUGCCUCAAGGAACAGUGAGCUACUUGAAGAGAAUGAAGAAACAGAGCUGGAGGUUGAAGCUGCUCUGCCACCAAAAAGGGGUCAAAGAAAGAAAUCCAUGCCUGGAGAGAUGUCCCAAGAUGAGACUGUCUGACACAGAGGCAUUGUACAGAAUCAAUGUCCACAAUCGCAUCAUGGAUACAGUCAUUGAGAGCAUGCACCAGCGAUUCCUCAAAAAUGGCACCUUGUAUGCUGAUUUGGCUCUUCUGGACCCAAAAAACUUCAGCCAGGUAAAAUCAUAUUCAAGUGGCUUCCCAGAGACAGCACUCAAAGAUCUGAGCAAAUGUUUACUACCAUUUGAUGACAGGGCAAUGGUCACCAAUUUACAGAGUGAGCUCCUCAGUCUGGCAGGACAGUGGGAUAAGUUGAAGGCCUCAAUAUUUGAGGAAUACACAACCAUGACAGCAAAAGAGGUUGGGUCAGAGGUUGCUGAAAAGGAGAUGGUGAACACAAAGUGCCCAUCUUGCAAGGACUGCCCAUUGUGUUGCUACCAUAUGCUGAGGAAGUACAACCUCCUGACAGAUGCAUACCACAUAAUCGGCCUUGCAUACAAGUUCCUGCUUACUCUGUCAGUCACACAGGUAGCAUGCGAGCGCAGCUUUUCAACACUAAAAUUCAUCAAGGACAGGCUCAGGAGCACUCUCUCUCAGCAGCACCUGGAGGCAUUAAUGCUCAUGGCCACUCAGCAAGAUGUUCUUAAGAUGCUGGACAGCGAGGACAUCAUAGAUGGUGUUGCAGAGAAAAGUGUGCUGCUGCAGAAAUUGCUACUUCAGUCAGGUUGCCCAUUCCCAGGCUUUGUCAGCUGCCCCACUCAGACCUUGGGUAGCUACAGACACAACUGGAGAGGUUCUGUCAGCCCACUGCACAUGUAUGGCAGGCUUAGGGGGAAGCUGCAGCCACAUUGCAGCCACCCUCUUUUCUGUUGAGGCAGCUGUCAAGAUUGCAAAGGAGACAUCCUGCACAUCCCUUCCCUGUGCCUGGUCUAACACAUCUGGGGCCAAGAUUGAUUAUGCAGAAGGCUGCAACAUAGAUUUUACCAGCCCCCAAAGGAAAAAAGUCAAAUUACACAAGACAGUGUCUCCAGCAACAGGCACUUCCAGGGAUAUCCCUUUGCCAACAUCUGAUGAUAAACAGUCCCUGUAUGACAGCAUUCAUGCAACUGGAGUCAAAUCUGCAGUCUUGUCACUGGUCCCCAAAUAUUCAAAGACAUUCAGACCAAAAGCAGUAGCUCUGGGAUUACCAGCAUCAUUACCUGAAUUAUACCGGGAGACAUUUGAGCAGCUCACCUGCCAAGAGCUACAUGACAAGUGUGAAGAGGUCUUCACUACCCUUCAAGUUUCACAGGAACACUGAACUUGAAAUCAAAUAUUUUUAAUAUAAAUAAACAUCAUUCUGCUCUCCCCACAGUAUUACUUUAAAAGUUUCCCCUUGAAUCAACUUAAAUUUGGGGCCAGAUAACAUGAAAUUAUAUUCUCUCUGUAGUAUAAAUAAACGCAGCUAUCUGAUCUCAGUGUUACUUAUUAAGCUUAACUGUUAAAAGUUUAAAUUUAUUGUAUGACAAUGGCUAUGAUCAACAAAGCGUCCUUCAUUAACUAAAAUUCUUAUGUAGUAAACUUUUAAUGCUACGGAAAUGGUACCCUACACAUUUUAAGUUUCUUGCUCGAUUACAGGCAGCAGUGAUUGAGCGAGAGACCCGAGAACAAACAAAGUGCAAGAUUUGGUAUCAACAGAGGGCAGGACGGAUCACUGCAUCACUGUUCAAAGCUGCCACAUGCACAGAUCCACACAACCCGUCUGUCUCACUGAUCAAGCAGAUCUGCUAUCCAGGGGCUUUCUCACUCCAAACAACGGCAACACGAUUCCUUGGAAUCUGGACACGAGAGACAAAGAGCAGAGCUUCCGCCUGGACUUAUGCACGCAUGGCGGACUGACGUAGAUGAUCCCGCCCACGUGUGAUAUGGGGAUGCAACCAUGAGAAACAAGCCCGUGAUAUGUAUCAGGAGCACAUUGCCCUCAACCACCAAAAUGUAGAGGUGACAACAGCCGGGUUACACCUACAUCCUGAAUACCCAUUCCUUGGAGCAUCCCCAGAUGGUCUUGUGCAGUGUGACUGCUGUGGAAGAGGAGUGCUUGAGAUUAAGUGUCCAUUCUGCUUGACCAAAAAGGACAUUUAUGCAGCAGCAGAGGACAAACAGUUUUGUCUCAAGAACAACAAUGGCAUACUCCGGCUCGACCACCGCCAUAAGUUUUACCACCAAGUCCAGCUACAGCUACUUCUUACUGGAGCCAAAUACUGUGACUUCAUGGUGUGGGCAGAAGUGGCUGGAAGUGAUGACAACAAAAUCUACCUGGAGAGGAUAGAACCGGACAGGACAUUUAUAGAACAAGCAGUUGGUUAAGCGAAACCCUUCUUUGUGCAGUGUAUCUUACCAGAACUGGUUAGUAAGUGGUUCAGUAGGAAGCAACAUCUCACACAGGAUAAGAAUACAGAUGAACCAGACAGUACACCUUGCUACUGCAAAGAUGACACUGUGGCUAGCUCGCUCAUAAUAUGCAAGUCUGGAUUUUGUCAGAUUAAGUACUUCCAUCAAGUAUGCCUAGGAUUAAAAAAUCCCCCAAAACGUAAAUGGCUCUGCCCAGACUGCAGAACCAUAAGCCGACAGACCAAAAAGUGAGGUCAGUCAAAUGGUACCACUGAUUCAGACAGGUUAGUCAGGGCACAGCUAACACGUACAAUUUUGUCUAAUGUUGUUAGUCCAUACUGGUCACUUUGUAAAUAGGUAAUAGGUAUUUUUGAUUCCAGUAUUGUGUACUUCUGUCUGGUAAGUCCAAUGACCCAUUCAACAUGUAUACGAAGCGAGGCCAGUGCUCUGGUGCUUUCAAUGUCCAGUGGACUUAACUGCUGUUUCCCUUUUGUGAAUGCCGGAAUCUGAAGACGUGCAUUGUAAAGACCUACGGAGUCUUCAAUAUCAAACCCUCUGUCAGCUAGAAUCACAUCUCCAGGAAGCAAGUUGUUCAAAAAGCCGCAGUUGUUGAUGUGCUUGUCACUUGUGCGACCACCCCAGCCUUUUGAAAUGAAAGAGAUCACUCCCUGGGGUGUUAUUCCUAUUAGAUAUUUAAUGGUGUUGUGCGACUUGUAGCUCAAAUACGUUUCAGCCCAAGCUUUCAGGUCGCUGGCUCUUUCAAUAAAGAUUUCAAAGCAGUCAAUGAUACAAGCACAUUUUCCGUAGCUUUUUCUGAAAGAAGCAGGCAUUGUUAAUUUCAACUGGUCCCGUUCAGGCCAAAAGAUAAGAGCUGACACAAGCCGCCUGUCCAUCACUGCUAGAACGUCAUUAAACAUUCUUGAAACUGUUGACCUUGAUACUCCAAAGAGAUAUGCCAGUACGUGCAUGUUUAUGUUGCAUUUCAGCCGCAUACACACCAGAAGCAGCUGUUGAAAUGGAUUAAGUAUAGUCUUAUCACGUAGAUGUUCUGCAAUGUUUUCCAGUAUAGCAAUAAACAACGCAAAUGUUGGUAUACCA